AGUCUAGGCCUGGGGUGUGCGCAUGCGCGGUAGUGGUAACCAUCAUGGCGGGGCCCGGGCUGGUGGCGGGGGACGUGGUGGUGGAUGCGCUGCCGUACUUCGAUCAGGGAUACGAGGCGCCGGGCGUGCGGGAGGCGGCUGCGGCUCUGGUGGAGGAGGAGACGCGGCGCUACCGGCCCACGAAGAACUACCUGAGCUACCUGCCGGCACACGACUGCAGCGCCUUCGAGACCGAGAUCAUGCGGAACGAGUUUGAGCGCCUGGCGGCCCGGCAGCCCCUGGAGCUGCUCAGCAUGAAGAGGUAUGAACUACCGGCUCCAUCCUCCGGGCAGAAGAACGACAUCACGGCGUGGCAGGAGUGUGUUAACAACUCCAUGGCGCAGCUGGAGCACCAGGCAGUGCGCAUUGAGAACCUGGAGCUGAUGUCCCAGCACGGCUGCAACGCCUGGAAGGUGUACAAUGAACACCUGGUUCAUAUGAUAGAACAAGCCCAGAAGGAGCUUCAGAGGUUGCGGAAAAGCAUUCAGGAUCUGAACUGGCAACGAAAGAACAUGCAGCUGACAGCAGGAGCGAAGCUACGAGAGAUGGAAUCCACCUGGGUGUCCCUUGUCAGUAAGAACUACGAGAUUGAACGGACCAUUGUACAGCUGGAGAACGAGAUAUCCCAGAUCAAACAGCAGCACGGGGAGGCCAACAAGGAGAACAUCCAGCAGGACUUCUGAACGCUGCUCCCUCCUGAACUCCGUGUUUGUACGUUUCCUACGGCGCUGUAAUAAACUGCUUUGCCCAAUAAAGGCUGCUUAUCUCCCC